UAUGCUGUUGAUGCUGGUCGUGGACGGGCCACUAGCAUCCUUCUGAACAGAGACUGUCAAGUGUGACCAGUGUGUGUGUGUGAGAUCUACGCUACCAGAUCUGGCCCAUCGCAGAGUGAGGAAGCCCAAGUGUGCGUUAGCGCUUUAGCGGUGUGUGUGUGUCCUGGUAAGCGUGCACUGUGCUCUGUGCGCGUGUGUGUUGUGAUCAUGUCGAUGGGUACGGAGCUGCUGGGCUUCCUGCUGUGUGUGGGUGGCUGGCUCCUGACAGCUGUCUCCCUUGCCAACAACUACUGGCGCGUCACCUCGUUCGCCGGCAGUGUGAUCACAUCUACCCGCCAGUAUCAGAACCUAUGGCAAGCGUGUGCAGAGGCCAGCACAGGCAUCCGAAACUGCCGGCGCUUUGAGUCGCUGCUCGCUUUGGAAGGGUACGUGCAGACUUCCAGGGCUCUGAUGAUCAUAGCCCUGUUGCUGGGACUGGCUUCCAUACUACUGUCUGUGCUUGGACUCAAAUGCACCAAGAUGGGCAGCAUGACUGAGCAGGCUAAAGGCAAACUCACCUUCACUGCUGGACUCCUGUUCAUACUAUCUGGUGUGUGUGUGCUGACAGCUGUGACCUGGUAUGCUGCACGGAUUGUGCAAGAGUUUAAUGAUCCUUUUUACAUAGGCACAAAGUUCGAGCUGGGUGCUGGUCUGUAUCUGGGCUGGGCAGCAGCCGCGCUGGUGAUUCUGGGAGGAGGGAUGCUAUGUGGCUCCUUCAGGAGGGCAUCGACACCUAGAAACAAAAGCGGUUACAGCUAUAACUACACUGCUGGUCAGGGUCAGCAAAUUUACAAAGAUCCAUCUUCAUCAGAGAAUAACAGCUCCAAAGCUUACGUCUGAAUCAUCUCAACAGUCUUUAGUUCUAACAUUUAAAACACUUGAACCAUGGAAAUGAAAAUGUUCAAAAGACUUAAAACUUUACAAAUGUGUUAGUAUUUGUAAAAUCUGUUUCUGAAAUAAUAUGUAUUUGUGUGUGUCUGCAUUUUAUUGCCAUCUGUUGGCAGUGCUCAUGUGAUAAUGAGAUAAAUGAAUAUGGCUGUAUGGUUUUUUUUGCAUGUUACAAUGUUAGAUUCUCUAUUUGUAUAUGAUAGAACUUCACUGUGUUUUAUUUUGAAGUUAUGGUAGAAGUUACUUAAUUGUAUUUAAACAAUUUUGAUCUUAGU